GAGGCUUCGAUUGACCUUGUCACCCAUGUCUAUGUCUUCUGGGGGUGGCUGACUGAGUCGAUUAUUGUGGUUGCGUUUUGACUUUUGACAGGCCAGAGCAGGGCCUAACCUGAAUUGGGUUAGUGCCAACGCGGGAAAAACUACUCGAUGAGGAGCGUCUCCAAUUGAUCGUCUGCGGACAGCCCAGCAAGGCAUCAUUGCUUCAUGCUUCACGCAAGAUGUCCAUGUCUCGAUUGUGGGGAUGAAAUUUCAGGAUGCGGAGAACUACCAGUCUGAUUUAAUCUCCCGCCUCCCCGGGAGAGUCAUCCAACGAACCCCUAACGCGCACCGUUGGCCAGCUCGCGAUUGCUGGAAUUGGGCAGAAGCCACUCUUCGCACUUCCAAAUAGACAGCCAUGGUCGUGAUAUCGCGCUUUCGAUCCCUCUGGGGCAUUGAGCCCGGUCCGAGCCAGACCGAGUGGAAGAAGAAGUUCAUCGAGCUUAAGGCCCACGGCUAUGCGGGCAUCGAGAUUGAUUUCGCUGGCAUGACUCCCGAUCAGCUCAAGCUGCUAAAAAACAACUGUGAUGAAGUAGGAUUGGAAAUUAGCGUCCUCUUGUUCUCAUCGUGGCCACAAUACGCUGGGCCACGUCCACGAGGCCUAACACCAGACCUUCAUGUCGACUUCUACCGUGACCAGCUUCGACUGGCCAAGAUCUUGGAGCCAACAUUGAUCAAUGCCCAAUCUGGAGCUGAUUACUGGACCUGGGACGAGUCGGUAUACUUUUACCAACGCGCCCUCAAAGUGGAACAAGAAGAGGGACUGCAAGGGAAAGUCUCCCAUGAGACGCACCGAAACAGAUCCCUCUUUAACCCAUACGCGACGGACUAUAUCCUGCAGAGAGUUCCACAAUUACAAGUCACGGCCGACAUCUCACACUGGGUGGUUGUCUGUGAGAGACUUCUGGACCAGGGCGAAGAGGACCAAGAAAUUCUCACCCGCGUCACCCCACAUGUCCGUCAUAUCCAUGCCCGGAUGGGAACCACGCAAUCUUCCCAGUGUCCUGAGCCUCUCCACCCUGCAUUUGCGGCUGAGCGACAGUUCUUCGAAACCUUCUGGCUCCGAAUCGUGCAACUGAGACAGCAGACUGAGCCCGAUUGCCGAAUUACAUGGGUCCCGGAAUACGGACCAUUUCCCUAUCACCCCAUCGGUACCGCCCAAACCCACGGGGAACUGGCGGACAGUGAGGGUAAACGGCUAGAAGCGCUGUUUCAGAACGCUGUCACUCAGUAGCGAGGCUGUGUUCGACAGUUGCACAGCCGGAGGCAGUAGUCUGUAGGGUUAAUACACCCUGCUACCUAUUAGGAUCGAUUGCAUCAAAGUAGCACACUUCCAGUCGUUACUCUGCUGGACAUCAUCCUCGUAAUGACACUUUCUGCUAGGG